GUUAUUGUUAUUGUUGUAAAAUCAUUUGUUGAAAAUCUUUCACUGUACAAAUUUAACUUCAGUAAAGAAUGUGAGUGGGAUGUAGGGUGGAAGGUUUUGUCUUUGAAACCAACGGAAACUUUUGAGACGGACGGAAAAUGGUCAGUUACAACAAGGAGUUCAAACGAGAAAGAACAACAACAUAUAUUUGACGCUGUUCUUAUAUGUACCGGGCAUCAUGCCGAAAAGAAUAUACCGAACUUCCCCGGGUUAGAUACGUUCAAAGGCAGUGUGACGCAUACCCACGAUUACAAGGAUUACCAUGGUUACGAGGACAAGAAUGUUCUGAUUAUCGGUAUUGGAAACUCUGGCGGGGAUGUUGCUACAGAACUUAGUCGAAUAUCGUCUCAGAUUUUUUUGAGCACCCGAUCUGGAUCAUGGAUAUUCAAUCGAGUUGACGAUAAUGGGGUUCCCGGGGACAUGAACCAUUCAACUCGCUUCAAUACCAUUCUAUUGCAAACAUUUCCUAAUUUGAUGCAGAAUCUUGUUCAAAAGAAAAAGAACUACAAAUUUGAUCACGAAAAAUACUGCCUUCAACCGAAACAUGGUAUCUUUUCUGCUCAUCCCACAGUGAACGACGAACUUCCAAACAGAAUAAUUUCCGGUGGUGUUAUUGUAAAAGCCAAUGUAUCAGAGUUCACAGAGACUGGAGCAAUAUUUGAAGACGGUACUAAAGUCGAGAAUUUGGACGCUGUAGUACUUGCUACGGGAUACAUAUUUGGCUUCCCGUUUCUCGAUAAGAAUGUUCUAGAUGUGAAGGAGAACAAGGUAAAUCUGUAUAAAUACAUGUUUCCACCGGAUCUGCAAAAGAAAUCCCUGGCAAUCAUUGGGUGUUUCCAGCCACUUGGAGCAAUUAUGCCAAUGAGCGAAAUGCAGUGUCGUGUAGCUACUAGAGUGUUUAAGGGCAUAAAAGGCCUGCCGGAUAGCAAUGAGAUGUGGAAAGAUAUUAAAGACAAACAGGCUGCCAUGGCGCUGAGAUACAAGAAAGCAAUGCGACAUACUAUUCAAGUGGAUUACGUUCCAUACAUGGAUGAGUUAGCAGAAAUGAUAGGCUGUAAACCAGACAUAAGGAAACUUAUUUGGACUGACCCGAAACUUGCAACUAAAGUUUACUUUGGACCUUGUACGCCCUACCAGUAUCGGUUAAUGGGACCUGGACCCUGGAAAGGUGCCCGGCAGGCCAUCAUGACACAAUGGGAACGAGUGUAUAAACCCCUGCAGACCAGACCAUGUGUUAGAAACGAGAGCAAGGGCUUUGGAGCAAUAUAUAUGUUGUUAGUUGUGGCCUUAGCUGUACUGCUUUACCUUUUUUUGUAGCCGUACACUUACAAAUAUGAUAUAUCUUUUAGCUUAGCGACAAGUGGUCAAUAAUCUGCGUAAGUUAUUUGCACACAUAUAGUUCUGUUUAUAUUGUAAAUGUUUAAACAUACUUCAUUACAUUUGACCAGCAUAUACUACUGCCUUAUCUGUGAAGAGUAACGGUCAAAGGCUCUUACAAACAUGCAUGUAUGCAUGUUUUCGUUUGUCUGAUGUUCGUAGAAACGGGUUACUUACGUUACCUUAAAACACAACAGUGUGAUAAAAUCAUUUCCAGCCAGACAGAGUACAUCAGGUUAUGCUCACUGACUUAAAAAUUCAUGCCCAUUAUGUUUAAAAAUAUCAAAGUUGUAAGAUGUGACCCAUUGGAAUUAGGGGAUUUAGAACAAUAUAAAGUUAUGAUAAAUUGAAGUGUUGCUAAACAACAGUCAGUGGUAACAAUGUCUGACUACGAAGUAAUAUAACUAACACUGGAUUAAGCGUCCGGUGUAUUUGUGUUUUACAUCUGGCACGCAAAAGAACUCUGGAGGCUUCCGGAAUUUGAGUGUUUUCUGUGUCUUUCAUUUGCUAACCAUAUGGGAAAAUUAGACCCAUCGUGAAAAUCACCACAAAAGCCGAUAAUAAGUUUUGCCGGGUAAAUCUGAUGUCGAGAUUGUUCGCUAGAUUUCAGUCAACUCCGUAUUUUUGGCCGAUGUCUAACAAGUAAUUCCUUCUUCGCCAAUGUACCGUUACAUUAAUACUUUUGAUCAUAUGGAUUUCAGGAAUAUUGUCAAGUCUGACAAAACGAGACACGUACAUGUUUACAUAUCUUUUAUAUAUUAUAAUAUGUAUAUAUGUUAUAGCUCAUAUUGUCAUGUACUACAUGAAUUGAGUAUUGAAUAAACUUGAAACGUGAUUGCAAAGAUAAAUUAGAAAAUUUCAAAUCUUACAAUCAGGUGGAAGCUCGCUUUUGUAAUACUUUGUUUGAUGAUUAUGAAAUAAAUGUUUUAAAUAUUUUUUGUGUGAUCAAAUAACUGCACAUUUAUCAUUGUGUCGUAAGCGGUGUCCAACAAGCUUAGAAUCUUAUGCCAGCUCGAAGAUCGAAAUUCAACUUCGUAACUUGUCGAAUUUUGAUCCCAAGCUACCCCUGAAGAUCGAAAAACGUCAAAUUUCAAAACUGCAUUUAAUUUCGGGCCAGAUCAAUGAUCGAAAUUCAUAAUAUUCCAAAAGCCGAAUUUCGAUCUUGUAUUGAAUGAACAGCCUGUUCCAAGACUGAUAUUGAUUUUUAAAGUCAAAUAUUUCGAGCAAGCAAUUUGUGUGGAGCCAGCUCGAAAAUCGUACUUUAAAUUUUGAAAAGCUGAAUUUCAAUAUAAUACUAAAACUGCGAUCUGCUGAAGAUCAUAAUUCAAAGACUAAAAAUCGUGCAAGAUCGGAUAUAUCGAAAUUCAAGUUUUCAAAGAUCUAAAUAGAUUAUUCCCGGUAUUAUAUUUCAAGCCUGCUCGAAGUCUUAGAACAAUCGAAUUUAAAGCUAGGAUUGAAACAGCUGGAUUUCGAUCUUGCAUUGAUUUUAUUUGCAAGCUCGCUCGACGUUUCGAAAAUUUAGCACUGCAUGUCGAACAAGUUCGAAAAUCAAAGUCAAAUUUUCAGUCUGAAUACCGAGCAGGUAUUUAAUUAAGAGCCAUUUUAAAGAUCGCAAUUUAAAGUUUUAAAAUGCCUAUUGACUAGAAAUUGAUGCCUGCUCAAAAUAUUUAAAUUUUGAACAUCCUGCUGGCUCUAAUUUCAAUUCUUCCUCGAAAUUCGAUGAUUUCUUUUGAUUUUAAUUUCGAUUUCCGAGUUUGUGCGAAAUUCAGUUUCAGCGAAAUUCAACGUCAUUCUUUCGAAAAUUUGAAUUUCGAUCUUCUACUUCUAACUUGCCCGAAAUAUGCCGCCUCAAAUGUCAACGUUUUGAAACGUUUAAGUUUUUUUUUCUUACACGCUCGAAAUUUAAUUCAAGCUCGAAAUCAGUUUCUUAAGAUUUCCAUUUUCGACAGACUCGAUGUUCAGUGCUGGCUUGAGUAAAACACCGAACAAUUCAGUUUCGAGCUUCGAGCAAAAUCCAGUUUCGAUGCAAACUCGAAAUUCUUUUUGAAAUUCUGAAUUUCGUUCCUCAAGCAGUUUAAAAUUGACUAUUAGCUGUAAACAAAAUCAUAUUAUGGAGCGUCCACUAAUUUAUAAAUCCGUACAUAUAUGCAGUUUAGCGGGUGAGAAGAAAUCAGUCUUUAUCGUUAAGUAGCUUAAAUUCCGUAAGAAUUGACGGAAGUAUACGAGAAUGUUCGAGUCUUUCCGAAAACGGAAACAAAACUAUACUUAUCUGCAAAAUGCUUAAAAAAGACCAGUUUCUUCUUCGCCUAGAAAACUGAAGUUAAUAUGAAACAAUAGCUAAAUGAAUAUAGAUUGCUAAGUCGUUUGCAAUGAUCUUCAAGGAAUUUAUUUAUUCUUUGUUAAACAGAAGAAAUUUCAGCAAAUUAUCCAUAUUUUACUAUGUAUCUAAUUGUAGAUAGACAGACAGAAAGUAUACGCCAAAAAAAGACCAUUUUCUUUUAAAAUCAUUUUAAAAAUAAAAUAUUCAUAAGAAAGACAAUACAUUACAUUGAAUAUUAUCACAUCGUUUGCAAAGCUAAAAUACCUAAUACUUUUUCCAAAAAUUUAAAUAGAGUAAAGGACUCCUUCUUUGCGCUAUAUAAAAUCUUUUCACUCGUGCGAAAAAUCGAUGGGUCUAAUUUUCCCAUAUGAGUUUUCAAGUCAUCACGGGAUACCAUUGGAGACUAUAAAUAUGCUUUAUUAUAAGCCUUAGCCUUUCAAUUCUCCACGAAAUGCAGUGACUCUAGCCAACUCACCGAUGCGUGAGGAGAAUCUGACUACUGAAAUUUAGUUGGUAAUGUUUAAUGUAUUUGAUCAUACUAUUUAAUGACAUCGUUUUGUAUCUGUCUAAAUAUUAAUAAAGUGUUGCAACAGUUUCAACGAUCAGUCUACAAACUGACAAUAAGGGUAAAGUCAUAUCGGGUGGAAAUUUAUAUACUGCUGAAAAUUAGUAAACUGUGUUAGAUCCGAUUAACUGUUUUACCCGCCAAAGCUGUUUCAGAGUUUUCAUGAAUUUGCAUGGUUUCGAUAUGAGUUACACAUCAUACUAAAAUCAAAUAUGACUUACAAAAGUCCCCAUCUUUCAUCAAAUCUUAGCCGACCCAUAGUUUGAAAAAUACGCUUGUCCGUCAAAGACCUUGAUUCUGUUUACACGUAGUGUUUAUUUGUAUAAAUAGAAUACCACGUAAUGAGCGAUAUUGUCUAUGUUGUAACACGAUAGAUAUUGAAGAUGAAUACCAUUUCAUUUUAAUAUGCCCAUGUUAUAUAGAUAUUAGGAGAAAAUACAUUAAGAAGUAUUAUUGUAGCAGACCAUCGAUGUAUAAAUUUAUUGAAUUUAUUACUACAAUUAAAAAGACUACAUUAUUAAAUCUUGCAAAGUAUAUUCAAGAAUUUAUUAAAACUAGAAAUAUGAUUAUGAAUGUUAACAAUUAAUAUUAACAUUUUCGACUUAUAUUAGUAACUUAAAGGACAUAUUUAUGCCUAUUUGUUGAUAGAAUUAUUAUUCCCCGCCGAUGAAAUCGGGAGGAGGGUAUUGAAAUGGCGUUGUCCGUCCGUCAGUCCGUCCGUCCGUCCGCAGCCAUUUCUCAGUAACUACUAAGUAGAAUUUCAUGAAACUUGAAAUAAACAUGAACCAACAUACUGCGAUGAUGCCCGUCAAGUUUUUUUUUGAUUGGUCAAUUUCCCUCAGAGUUAUUGCCCUUGAUUUAAUAAAAAAUGUCCGUCUGCAGCCAUUGCUCAGUAACUAACAGGUAGAAUUUCAUCAAAUUUGAAACAGACAUGAACCAAGAUACUGCGCUGAUGCCCGUCAAGUUUGUUUUUUUUGAUAGGUCAAUUUCCCUCAGAGUUAUUGCCCUUGAUUUAAUGAAAAAUGUCCGUCUGCAGCCAUUUCUCAGUAACUAGCAGGUAGAAUUUCAUCAAACUUGAAGUAGACAUGAACCAAGAUACUGCGACGAUGCCCUUCAAGUUUUUUUUUCGAUUGGUCAAUUUUCCAUAUAGUUAUUGCCCUUUAAUUGUUUAAAAAUCCACAGAUCUGUACAUAACAAACCAACCAAUUGGAAGAAUUUCAUUAAACUUCUUCCAUUCUUUUCCAUGAACAUUUAUUAUUAACAUGUGAUGUUGUGUACCUACACCUGGUCACCACCUUACCUUGGUCCACACUCCCCCCCCCCCC